AUGAAGUUUUCCACCGUCGCUAGUGCCUCUGUCGCUUCUUUCGCUGUUGCCGAUGCCUUCAAGUUGAAGGUUUCUUCUGACGACAACCUGGUUUCCGGUUUCGCCUCCAGCAUCCACGAGGGUGCUGGUAUCAACUACCUUCUCGUUGCCCCCAACGGAGACGAAUUGCUGGAAGAGGGCGGCCAAAUUACCUCCUCCGCCGUGGCUGGUCUUCCUUCUCACUUGGGUGUUCUGGCCACCUACCUUGCUCUUGGCCCAGCCAUCACCCCAGCCCUGUUCACUUUCGACAACAACGGAGAAUUGAAGGGUGACAAGCCAUUCUACGCAUGCAACAACGUCAACGACCCAUACAACUACUCGCAGAAGCUGAAGAUCAUCAUGGUCGCCGACUCUGCUCCAAACGACAGCUGUGUCGAGGUCAAGCUCUCUAAGGAUGGCGACUCUGGCUCCGGUUCCGCUGCCUCCUCUGCUGCCCCAUCUUCUGCUGCUCCUUCCGGCUGGUCCAACGCCUCUACUACCGUCUACGAGACUGUUACUGGCUACACCACCUACUGCCCAGAGUCCACUGUCGUGACCCUCACCACCUGCGAGAACCAGAAGUGUGCUCCUACCGCCGUCACUGUCACUGAGGCCACCACCCUCACUGUCACCGGCGAAUGUGUUGUGCCAGCCACCUCUGCUCCAACCUCUGCUGCUCCAGUUCCAUCCACUUUGGUUUCUUCUGCUGCUUCUUCUUCUGCUGCCCCAACCCCAAGCACGAUUACCCCAGAAAACGGUGCUCAAAAGAUGGCUGCUGGCUUUGCUGGUUUGGCCGGUGCCGCUGCUGCUCUUAUGCUCUAA